CCCUUUAAAUCCCAAGAGUUGAAUGUGUGUAAAUUGUUGAUAGCACAUUGCCAUUUUCAAUCAGUCAUGAGGGUUUGGAUGCUGAGUUUAUCAUUUGAGGGAGGGUUUCCUGCCAGAUCUCUGACUCGAAAAGUUUUAACGGUAGCUCAGCAGAUUUGUCGUGCUUGUAUGGGCGUGAUUGUGACCCGACUGAACCUAGGCCUAGAUAUGUGGCAUCGGAUUGUCAAACGCAUUUUCAUGGCACAGUGGCAGUGAAGAGAUAGCGAGCAACUAUAUUUGAUGUUAUUAUGGAUAUCAAGUUACGGCCUAAAAGGUGCUUAGUAAGACAAAUAAAAAUGUAAACUAAGCAACGUUGUUUCCUGCUGCCCUGGCCUGCUGGCUUCACAGGUCUGCUCUGUGUAAUCAGCGCCUGGUGGCUCCUUUCCUACUCCACUAAGAACAGCAGCCUCUUUGUUGCUUGAGUAAAUGCAAGGGUCAAGCCUAAUAAGGAAACAUAAGGCAUCCAAUCACUUCAGUGGUAGAUCUUAUUUCUGAGACGAUACAGUAUAGUUUGAAUCUGGCUUUAGCGAUGUGAAAUUUGACUGCAAAAAAAAAAAAAACACAAGCACCUUGAGUCAUUUCAUUUACCAUCGUCGCACAUCCGGACUUUUUCAACUUUUACUUAAACUGAAAGUGAAAGCCACGUGUGAACAAUGUGCAGUCCUGGCCAAAAUCUGUUAUUAAGUUUUGCCUUUCUUCACAAACACAUUAACACAACACAUUGCAGUCUUCUAAUCACUGUUUUCUAUUACAAACAAGUAAGGGUGUGUCAGUAUAUUGCCAAGAAUUAAUAUAUCGCUUUAAAGGAACUAAUAGGUUGAUAGUAGGGCUGUCAAACGAUUAAAAUUUUGAAUUGAGUUAAUCACAGCUUAAAAAUUAAUUACUCGUAAUUAAUCGCAAUUCAAACUAGGAGUGGGAACCUCAAGAUACCUCACGAUACGAUACGAUUCGCGAUACAAAGCUCACGAUAACGAUUAUCGAUAUAUUGGUCAGAAAUUUGAUACAGGAUAUUCUACGAUACAACUGUUGAAACGAAAAAAAAAAGAUAUUUCAUAAUCGAAAAAAUAUUGUUUAAGUCAUUUAUUAAACAGUGACAUAUUUUCAGUGCAACAUUCCUGUAAAAUAUAAAUCUACUGCAAAUUGUGUACCAGCACAUAUAGAGGAAACAAACCACAACCUCUGAUAUGUCUUGGAGAGAUGAUGAUGAAUGGCACCCUUUUUUAAAUCUUAAAAAAAAAAAAAUUAGCAGUGCUGUAGGUGUUCGUCAGCAGUUGAGCUUGGAUUGGGGCAAUGAUAAAAUUGGUGGGUCUUUUCUACGUAUAUGACCUUUGUUGCCAAAAGCAUUGGUUUGAGCACUUCCACCAUCUGCUUCAGCAUUUGAGAUGUCGGACUCAGUCAGUCAGGCGGUUAAAGUAGAAUGUUUAUUGAAGUUAUCUCGUGAGAUUCCCUCCUAACUAUGGGACUCAAGCGCAUACUAUGGUGCAAAACAAGUUAUCUCGUGAGAUUCCCUCCUAACUAUUGGGACCCAAGGUGAAAAACAAUAGAAGUUGUUACAAUCUAGGUCACAGAAGAAAUCAUACAUCACAAAGGCAUAAUGUGCUAAUGUUAAGGCAUCACAUGAUAUUUUUCCCCAUCAGAGCGAUUAACGUUCAUUAGCUGCCAUCCCCCCGACUUCAAACGCAUUGGAUGUCUACUCUUGAUUAACUCAUUUCAAUUCACAGUUUUUGUGUUUUUUAGUAUUGUAGAAUAUCAUAGAAUGAUUUCCUGACCCAUGUAUUUGUUUUAGCGCUGUAUCGUAUAGGGAGGUACCCAGAGCUUCCGACCCCUACAAACAAGCAUGUCAAACAUUGAUUUUUUUGGCAAAGUCCAUUCAGACUGCCGUGUGUCUAAACAGCUACAAAAGUCCAUUGUCAUAUUGCAUCAUCUGAUAAACGUGGGCAGCUGCAGCAUGUCGGCAGCCAGAAGCAGACACGCAGGAACCAAAGCAGAGCUCAUGAGGUUUAAUCGGGUCAGAGCGGACAAUAAAAAAGGGAAGAGCUCAAGAUCAAUGCUAAGUGGAUGGGACUGACUUGAAAGGGGAGGAAAAUGAAACUCAAAAGACGUAAGAAUAUUAGUUUAGACUCACCACAGAGGAUUUGGUUUUUUAUCUGUCUAUCUGGUGGCGACUGUGCCUUGUGAAGCUAUUGAUAAAGGAUGCAUCCUCAGGACGAGCAGUUUUCUUUCCCAGAGGAAUACCAAUUCUUCUGAGGUGAUUUACAUGCUGCUCCAUCAUCCGCUGACAAAUGUCUGGUUGCUGUGGCCGGACUACAGUCUGUGCGUUUUCUUGAUAAAGGUGAAGCCAUCACAGCAUCAAAGUCAUUAGCGCUAAGUGCCUCCGCUGUGAUGACAUUCGUGAUUUCGAAAGUCAAUCCAAUUUUGAGGAGAAAAAAAAAUCCUUGACAUAUGUGAUUUGGUUCCUCUUCAGGAUAGCCACAUCUAAUGCCACCUAAGGCCCGGGGUCCAGAUCUAGCCCGUCACAUUUUUUUGUGUGGCCUGAGAAAGCAACUCAUGUGCAUCGACUGACCCAAAUAAAAAAAAAAAAAAGCCUCAUUCAUUUACAGUGGGAAAUGAAAUUGGGCUUUCACCUGUACCAACUUUAAACUGUUUUGCUAGCUCCUCUUAUAAAUAUAUUUUGGAAAAUUUCACCCCACCCCAAAAGUUUGAAUUGGACUCUUAGGAGUAAUUUGAUUGCAUGGUCACCAUUAUUGGACCCACAAAAACCGAUUGGCUUCCAUUUAUAUUAAACUAAAACCCACAAACAAAUCCAAAUUGGAUCCCAUUGACUGUCCAACCUACAAAAUAAUUCUCUGUAAAUAUAGUAGUGCUGUCGUUAGCUAAUUGUAUUUCUGGUUGACACCAUGGGGGGGCUUGAUGACCGGAAAAAAAAUCAACAAUGUGAGAUGGAGAGCCCAGUAUUAUGUGAAUCACUUGUAAGUGCAGCUAUGUUGACAUCCUAUUCUAUGCUGCGUGAUCGCUAAUCCUGGAACCAAUAGUUUUUCUACUUGAGUGUGUCUAUUUGCACCCAGUCAUGCGUGAAUCCCAUCAGAUGUAUGAUAAUCCUGCAGACAAGUGGAAAUGCUGUGCGGGGGCUGCCACAGGGCCAUAGCCACCCCCAAACAAAAAACAGCCAAUCGGGGGGGCGAGCCAGCACAGCUCGUCCCACCUCCCACGGCUCCAGCAAGAGGGCCGCCAUCACCCCCCCCGAGACCUAGAGUUGUCCCCCGGGCCAUCCACGCCCCCAUUAGCUGACCUUCAGGGAAGGGAUGAGGGGAUGCACCACCGCCCCCAACGCCCACCCACCUGGCCCAACAGCCACUGCCACAACCCUCCAACUGACACGGCACGGCCACAGGCCGGGUGCCGGUGAUUUGUCAAGAGUCAAGAAUCUGCAUUGGACAAGGUGUCAAGAGUCUAGAAUCUGCAUUGGACAAGGGUGCCAAAAAACCUUUCACCGAAGUGAUCAAGGCCAACAUAGGUGACGCGCAUGCCAUGGGCCAGAAGCCGAUUACGUUUCUCAGACAGGUUCUGGCUUUGUGUGCUUAUCCUGAACUCCUAAAGGACCCCACAUUUCCCGAGGACGCCAAGCAACGAGCACAGCGGAUUCUCCAAGGCUGCGGAGGCCACAGUAUAGGUGCCUACAGCGCUAGCCAGGGCAUUGAGUGUAUCCGUCAGGAUGUGGCGCGCUACAUCGAGAAGAGAGAUGGCGGGAUCCCGUCCAAUCCGGACAACAUCUUCCUGUCUACUGGGGCCAGCGAUGCCAUCGUGACCAUGCUUAAAUUGAUGGUAAGCGGCGAGGGUCGUACCCGCACGGGAGUGAUGAUCUCCAUCCCCCAGUAUCCUCUGUACUCGGCCGCCAUCGCCGAUCUGGGCGCCGUGCAGGUGAGUUACUACCUGGAUGAGGACAAGUGUUGGAGCCUGGAUGUCGCCGAGCUGCGCAGAUCACUCCGCGCGGCGAGGGAGCACUGCGAUCCCCGUGUGCUCUGCAUCAUCAACCCUGGAAAUCCCACAGGUCAAGUCCAGAGCAGGCAGUGCAUCGAAGAUGUGAUCCGCUUUGCAAAAGAGGAGCGUCUCUUCCUGAUGGCCGAUGAAGUCUACCAAGACAACGUGUACGCAAAAGGUUGCCAGUUUCACUCGUUUAAAAAAGUGCUGUUUGAAAUGGGACCGGAAUACUCAAGUACAGUAGAGUUGGCCUCAUUCCACUCUACCUCCAAAUGCUACAUGGGAGAGUGUGGAUUCCGUGGAGGAUAUAUGGAGGUCAUUAACAUGGACCCGGCGGUGAAGGUCCAACUUCUCAAGCUGGUUUCAGUGCGCUUAUGUCCCCCGGUCCCUGGGCAGGCUCUCCUCGACUUGGUGGUGAAUCCCCCUCAGCCUGAUGAGCCAUCCUACACAACGUUUAUGAAGGAGCGGACGGCAGUGUUGGAUGCCUUGGCGGAGAAGGCCAGGCUGACCGAACAGAUGUUCAACACGGUACCCGGCGUCACGUGCAACCCCGUGCAGGGCGCCAUGUACACGUUCCCUCGAAUCGCUCUACCUCAGAAGGCCAUCGAGCAGGCUAAGGAGGCAGGCUUAGUCCCUGACAUGUAUUAUUGUAUGAGGCUGCUGGAAGAAGAGGGCAUCUGCCUCGUGCCAGGCAGCGGCUUCGGGCAGAGGGAAGGAACUUUCCAUUUCAGGAUGACCAUCUUACCACCGACUGACAAGUUGAAGAUUGUGCUGCAAAAGAUCAGCGCCUUUCAUCAGCGCUUCAUUAAAGAGUUUUCUUAACUGUCCUCAAGUGCCGUAGUAUUAGAAGUGCCUUUACCUGAAUAAGUGCUUCCUUUGCCAUCCGUCCAUAGAGUAGCAUGUGUAAAAUUAGAAUUCAUAAUGCAUGAUGCACUUUACUAACCUGUUCCUAGCCGUCCUUAGAAGAAUAAGCAGUCCCGUCUGAUAAAAGGUGCCAACUGAAAAGUAAAAAAAGCACU